AUGAAAUACCCCAAAAAUAGCUAUGAUAACCAUAAAAAUAUACCUAUUAUAAUAAAUAAUUUUGAUAUUAAAUCAGAAUCGGCAGCAACUCUAAUUAAAGAGGACAAUUCUAAAAUCAUUUUAAAUAGUCAAACUGAAGUUAUAUUUAACGCAACUAAUUCCAACAAAUCUCAAAGGAAAAGAAAUAUUGUACCUUCGUCACGUGGAAAAUUGAAAAAAUAUACUCGUGUAGUUCGUAUACAAAAAAUGCACUUAAAACGUAAAAGACAUGGAAGCAACAUAAAUAAAAACUUAACGACAUGCUGUAAAAAUGAAAAAACAAAUUACACUAAUCAGAAACUGCUCCACAGAUUGUUUUGUUCUAACUCUUUAUCAAAAACAGUUUCUCGUACAAGAGUACUAAAAAAAGUUUUGGCUAAAGAAAAUUUACUAGAAGAUAAACAUACACCUGACAUAAUAUCUUCUGAAAGUGGGUCCAGCCAAGAUACACUGACACGUAAAAACAGUGAAUCAUCUAAUAACGAUGAUAAUAAUACGAGGACUUUUAAUUCAGUAAUAGAAAUUCCAUUGAUAGAUCAAAUAAGUAUUCCAAAUGUGAUCCAAAUUGAAGAAAAUGGAGAACUAAAGUCUAAGAGCUCUCAUGGAAACAAAACAAAUCUUUAUAAAACAGAUGUUAUGAACGUAGCAGUUGCUCAAAUUAAUAACGCAUCUAUAUUAACGAACGAUUUUAAUAACGAACGAACAGCAACAGGAACUCAUCAAAUUUUACGACAAAGUUUAACGAGCGCUGAAAGUUUUGAAAGUCAAUCUGAUACUAUUACAUCUACUUCAUUUCUUGAAUCUUCAAAAGAAGAUAGCGAAGUUUAUUUAAAUAAUAUAACUUUAAAAGAAGAUAGAAAAAGCAGUGUAACUCUCAUAGGAGGAUCUAUUCUCGCCAGUGAAAGUGAUAACUUUUUUAUAGCAAAAGCUAGUUCAUAUUUCAAAGAACAAUGUAAUUCUGACAAGACUUUAGCGAGAGAACCUCUGAAUGAUAUAAUAAAACCUGUUACAGUAGUAAUAUCUAGUCAAGACUUAAAGCCAACUUUAUUAGAUACCAUUAUUAAUAUGGGUAUGUUUCCCAUGGCACCGGGGAACGAAUCUGCUAAUGUACGUAAUGAUUUAAACAACGUUAUAGUAACAGGAAAAAAUAAAAAAUUACACAUGAGUAGAUUAGAAGAUACAAUCAAUGGAAAAAUCUCGAAAAACGUAACCCAAAAAACGUUUAGCACAGACGAUUCUAAUAAUCCUCACAUAAUUAUCUUACCAAAUGAAAAUACAAUUAAGGAAAUUUUAACAGAAACUGAAAUGUCACAAAAGAAAACAUGCUCAGAGGAAUCUCGCAACUAUGCACCAGUUACGGAAUUGUGGGAAAAGAUUGCGCAAUUUCUAGAUAUAACUAUGAGAAGAAUGGAAGAAUCGUUAAUAGAGAAAAUUAGACAUGAACUUAAGGAUGUUGUGUCAAAAUUCGAACAUUUUAGUCCUAUUUCAGAACCAAAAACCAAAAGCCAGCCAAAAAUCUAUGAAUUAGAUCAAAUAGAAAUAGGUCAUCCAAAAUCUUUGGAUGAAAACUUACAAUGCCGUUUGAUUCAAAAUGAAAUAAUCGACGAAUUACUUAUUAAAAUAAAUAACAAAGAAUUAAAAUGUCUCGCGAAGGAGAAAAAUGAAUAUAGUUUAGAAAUAAUAAAACCACCAAUCCCUUGCACUUCGAUAGUGAGGGGACAGGACUCGAUUACUAUGGAGAGAUUUAAAAAUCGAACCUUGAGUAAAUACCGAUUUUUUUCACUUCCCUUUAGAUUUAUUAGAGAAAAUAUGUUGGUUAUUGUGAGUGCGCCGUUAUUUUGUUUCACUUUGUUUUUGAUAUACAGUUUCCUUGUUAUAUUAAAAAUAAUUUGG